AUGAUAACUAUCACCACAAUCAUCAUCAUCACCACCACCAACACCAACACCAUCAUCAACUACAUCAAGAAGUCAACAGACCGAACAUUAGCAAACUCAACAAACUCAGCAGAAUUAGCCUUGGAGCAGUCACAGUCUCAGUCACAUGGCUACAAAUCUGGCUUGGAUCGAACAAAGGGACAGGGGUUAAUUUCGACACAUGGUUUAGAAGAAGUACCGGUAAUAGAAACUCCACUAUUCAUGUCAAUAACAAAUAAUUCUCGACAUUCAAUUAAUGUUCCAUUGUCAUCGUCGCAAGAUUCCAAUCUCUGGUCUACCUCUUCCUUUCAAGAUCUGGCAGAAUCAGAGAUCCAGAGACCAUCAGUUCCAUCCACCACUCCAUAUACUACAACACCUCAGUUAUCACCACAAACCUCGAAACAUUCUAGAGAGGAGGACGAUAAUGUGUCUGAGAGGGCCUUUGAUAUUUCAAUCUUAGAACCACCGUCAAAAAGACACAGGGUAAGAUUAAAACCUUGUCGGAUACUCAAACCAGAUGAUGAAGCAACAAUCAACUUUCCUACAACUUUACAAUCUCCUCGCUCUCCAUUAUUCACAACCCACAAGCUCAAAAGACCACAUUCCUCUCCAAGGUCACCAAAUAUGGAGGACACAACAGCUAUGUCAAAACCAGAACUGGGAGACAGUGGCAUGACAACACUCAAGUUGGCUCAUGGCAAUAUAUUGGGUAAUAAUUCGAAUCCUCCUGGUUUGUCCUUUGGGCCUACACCGAACUCAGAACAACAUAGACGCCCUGUGAGCCCUGAACUUACGACGAGUCCUCAAGAAGGCUCGUUGGUUUAUAAAGUGGGCAUACUUGAACUUUUAGAGCAGGACGAUAGGCCAACUUUCAUCAUAGAUGUCGCCGAUCAAGAGAACUACAUACCCGGUGGUCGUUUACGAGUAGAAUAUGCGAAUGCAUCACUACGCGCCAUCAAUCCAUUAUUGGGAAAGGUAGCAGGCUAUGCGAAUUUAUCUUCUCCUACCAUUGUCACACAGGCAUUUCCGGAAUUUAAAGCAUGGGUGCUUAGUUUUGUGAGCAAACAGCACGAAUCUUUAGAUAUCUGCUUACCGUCAUUUUUGUAUGAAGAUUUCACAUGGAGCUGUUCGACCUUGCGAAAAAGACUUCGGGUGAUAAAUGGCAUUAGAACUCAACUUCCAACAACUAAUUCCACCUCAUCAAACACCGCUAAUGAUAGCCCUGUCCAGAAUCGAGGAUUUGGUCAAGACGUGUCAAGCUCAACAGAGCUAUUUUCUGAGCAAUCUGAUUAUUUUGGAAAUUUUCCUCCGCUUGUAUCAGAUUCGAGUUCAACAGACACUCUCAUGGUAAGGAACCAAGUGCCACACAUUGAUGGCUCUUCCUUCGAUUGGACAAGGCUUCCGCUGUCUGCAGCGCUACCUCGACAUGUUCAAUUCACCCGCAAUAUCAAUUGGUCGGCAACUCCACUUGGCCCAAUGAAAACCUGGACUUUUGACUUGAGAGCUAUGUGCAAUCUCAUCAUGGGAAGCCCUCACCCAGCAGCCAUGUACUGGGGAGUCGAUUAUACAGCUAUUUAUAACGAAGCAUACAUCUUGCUAGCGGGCCAAAAGCACCCUAGUUUGAUGGGUCAAAGUUACAAAACAGCUUGGGCUGAGAUAUGGGGCGAUAUCGAAGGAGUCUUUGCGAAAGCUCGAUCCUCUGGCCAAGCGACCAUGAAAGACGACGAUAGACUUUUCAUCAAACGAAACGGUUACCUGGAAGAAUGUUAUUUUGCCUGGAGCAUAAUUCCACUGGUCGGGGAAGAUGGUUCUGUUGUGGGAUUGUACAACCCGGCAUGGGAAAAGACGAGGAGAGUAAUAUCGGAACGUCGGAUGCUUACUCUGCGAGAAGUAGGAGAGAAAACUGCCACCGCUAGAAACAUCCAAGGAUUCUGGGCACAAGUCAUCAGAGCAUUAGAGUACAAUUCCUUUGACAUACCCUUUGCUUUUCUCUACUCGGUCAACGAGGAUGUUGAUAGCGACAUGAGCUCGCAGCGAUCAUUGAACUCUGGAAGCUUGUCACAGACUUCCUGUUGUGUGUUAGAAGGAACGAUUGGUGUACCUAUCGGUCAUCGAUCGGCUGCCACACCAUUGGAUCUGUAUUUCAGUGAAGAAGGAUUUGCCCCAUAUCUGAGAGAAUCUAUGAAGCUUGAUCGACCUGUACUUCUUACCACCGAGGAAGGAACUCUACCAACGGAACUUAUUGAAGGUCUGAAGUGUGUAGGAUUUGGCGAUCCUUGUCGAGCUGCUGUUGUCAUGCCACUCCAUGCCACUAGUAGAGAAUCUAUACUAGGUUUCUUGGUCAUGGGCGUCAAUCCAAGAAGACCCUACGACGAUGAUUAUAGUCUGUUCGUUGAGCUCAUGUCUCGCCAAUUGACUACGUCGAUGGCGUCGGUCGUUCUAUACGAGGAAGAAAUCCGCAAAGGUCAGAAAGCGGCGCGCAUCGCUGCUCAAGAUCGUCAGGAAUUAUCGGAACUUGUCAACCUCCGUACUCAAGAAGCGGUAGAAAGCGAGAGUCGAUUUACUCGCAUGGCUGAAAUGGCCCCUGUUGGAAUGUUUAUUGCAAACUCUCACGGGGAGAUUACGUUUUCAAAUGAUGCUUGGUGGGAAAUAUCGCGACAUCCUCGAUCAGAUACCAGCGCAAAGUCAUGGAUGGAUAGCAUAAAAGACGAGGAUCGCCAAGGAGUUCAGGCUACAUGGAACAGAUUAGUUACGCAGAAAGUCAACGUGACAAAAGAGUUUCGUUUCAAAACCCCAUGGCAAAGCAAGCAUGCUUUGACCGACACGUGGGCACUCAUGAAUUGUACUUCACUCAGAGAUGGAGAUAAUAACCUGAUGAGCAUAUUUGGUAGUAUCACGGACAUAUCGCAUCAAAAGUGGGCCGAAGAAUUUCAGAAAAGGAAGACGGAAGAAGCAAUCGAACUUAAACGGCAACAGGAGAACUUCAUCGAUAUGACCAGUCAUGAGAUGCGCAAUCCGUUAAGUGCAAUCUUACAGUGCUCGGAUGAAAUCACCAGUGCUCUGACUUCUCCUUCUCUCAAAGGACUGAGAUCAAGCAUGCAAAAUGCGGAAACGUGUCAGGAGAUAUCAGAAAUUCUUGAAAGCAGCAUCGAUGCCGCUCAGACGAUCGCACUUUGUGCUCAACAUCAAAAACGCAUCGUCGAUGAUAUUCUGACCCUGUCCAAGUUGGACUCGGCGCUUUUAGUCGUGGCACCUGUCUCUACCCAACCGGUAUCUGUAGCCAGGCGCGCCAUCAAGAUGUUCGAAGGAGAUAUGGAAAAACACGACAUCUCCAUAGAAUUCCAAAUACAGGAAUCGUAUUCUGACCUUGACAUCAAUUGGGUGAAACUUGAUCCUUCACGACUUCUACAGGUUCUGAUCAAUUUGCUAACGAACGCUAUCAAAUUCACCACGGGACAACCUCAGCGUUCAAUUAUUGUGAGUAUUGGGGCGACAAAAGAAAUUCCGGCAGGUAAAGACAGCGCUGUUCAAUAUAUCCCUUCUCGCUCGGGUGCUGCGGAUUUGGCAACAGACGAAGCAGAAUGGGGCACAGGCGAAAAUCUCUACUUGAAAUUUGCAGUUCAAGAUACAGGUAGGGGUCUUGACGAAAAGGAAGUGUCGAUUCUGUUCCAACGGUUUUCGCAAGCGUCUCCACGUACUCAUGUUCAAUAUGGCGGGUCAGGUCUAGGAUUAUUCAUCUCAAGAGAAUUAACCGAACUUCAAGGGGGGCAAAUUGGAGUGUCCUCGGAAAAGGGUGUGGGCAGUUGUUUUGCAUUCUACGUGAAGGCUCGCCGAGCCGAACGCACUCCCAACACAUCUCCUCUAUCUACUCCAAUACACAGUGCCAUAAAUCGAAGGCCUUCUCCCCGUACGGCAACCCCUGCAAAGGUGGAAAGUACCAACGGCUCUUCCAAAAUCCCGGUACACACCCAAUCUACGAGCGAGACUUCAACGAGUUCACCUGAGAUAUCACCAAGCCCAAAGGUUGACUACAAAAAUAUUACAAUCCUUAUUGUUGAGGAUAACCUUGUGAAUCAGCGCGUUUUGCAAAAACAGUUACAUAGAGCCGGAUUUGUGACGGAAGUCAGCAAUCACGGUUUGGAGGCUUUGCAUAAAUUGGAAGCAUCGUCUUUCUGGAAGCAUGAAGAGAGCAGCGGCGACAAAACCAAUAUCUCUUGUGUUUUGAUGGAUCUUGAAAUGCCAAUAAUGGACGGUCUCACUUGUACCAAAAAGAUUCGGGCACUAGAAGCCGAUGGAACAAUAGUUCGCCAUGUUCCCAUAAUUGCAGUCACGGCAAAUGCAAGAUUGGAGCAGAUUGAGACGGCUAUAGCCACUGGAAUGGAUGAUGUUGUCUCCAAGCCAUUUCGCAUUCCGGAUUUAAUACCCAAGGUUGAGGCAUUGGUUGCUAAGAGUCGAGCUGCUUCAAAUUCCGAAACCUAG